AUGUUUUGUGAGGCUGGUAUGACCUCAGAGUCUCUGAAUGCAGCAGAUGAUCCCAUAUUAAAAUUUAAUGAGUUUGUUUUACGAGCUGCCGAUAGAACUACCCCGAGGACCUCGACAAAUCCCAAAUCCAAGAGUAAACCCUGCACAGAAACAUGUGCAGAAACAGGCCUAGCAAGUCCAAUUACAAUCGUGGCCAAGUCAGAGGAAGAGCCAGACGAAACAAGGAAUUAUGUUCUAAACUUCCUUCAGUGGUAUUUCGUAUUCAAGAAUUUUCGAGAUGCCGUCAAGGAGGGUGGCAUGUUAACAAACAUAAACCUCAAACUCAUGAUUCCCUUCUUUUUUACCCAUUCUAAGCUGCCGAAAUAUCUAGUUGAGUGCAUGGACUAUAUAUUGAAGACGGAAGUAAUGCUUACACCACAGAUGUCACUCAGGAUUCGUGCUGGCUCGUUUAUUAACCGAAAGGGCAAACCAGGUAAGAGCAAGCCUGCAGAUAUGGAAAAGGAAAACCAGGUGAAGUUUCUUAAAGAUCUUAUUCGAGGCCUUGGACAAGGAAAGUCCGAACAUACAGUUGUGAAAGUGUCGAAAGCAGGGCCAGAUAUGGAGGUGCUGGACAACUUUGACAAAAUGGCUGGGAUAAUACCAAGGUCAACCAGCCAUAAAUCCAAAGGAAGAGGAUUUGGGGGACCUACCGAGCCUUAG